UGAUUGGUAGAUGUUGAGCCUAAAGGGGAGGAUCUACUGACAACCCCCUUCUCAUGCCAGGUAAUAACUGGUGUUGAGGGCCUUGCCCCUCCACCAGUCUCUUGUUUUGACUGGUACCAUCCACCGGCUGUUCUCUUGGAGUUGGACUCUUACUUCAGGCAAGAAACUCUCCCAGCUGACCGGGAAGGCCCAUUCCUAACCUAACUCUCUUUUUGGAGGACACAAGCAGAACUCAGAAGACACUGUCAUCUUCCAAGUGGCAGUCAGGACUCUGCACCCCAACAGAACCAUUUACUGUACUGCCCUGACCUGUAAAUACACAACUACAAUAUGAUGCCUUUUGGAAAGACCCCCAAAGGAUUUGCUGCCCAUUCUGGAGAUGAGGAUCGGAAAAAUAUCAUCAAACAAAUGAAAAUCCGAACCAUCAUCAAAGGUGAUAAGAGCUGGAUUCACAAACCAAAUGAUACAGAAGGCCAGACCAUAGAGUUAUCACCAAGCACGGAGCAUUGCCCAGCUGUAACUCCACUCAUGAAGACCCGGAAGGACAGGCCUGCAGCUAUCAAACCCUCAACAGGCUACAUUAUCAGGGGUGUGUUCACCAAGCCAGUUGACAGCACAUCUUUGCCACAGAGCCAAUUCCCGACUACUUUUGAAAAACCCAAAAGAUCUACAUUUCCAUCAAAAUCUCUCUCUGCCAGCCUGCCCCGGCUUUCGGGUUCUAGCUAUAAGAUCAAUACUGAUGACUUCAGCAAGAAGAUGGUUGAAGCUGUGGAAGAGGAAACCCCUCCCGAGAGAAGUAAGACUCUGCCAGCUUUGGCAAGACAGCGUUUUGGCCUCAACAGUGGGAAGAGAGAAGAAACUCGAACUCUACAGGGCCGUGACCCUAAACAGGAAUCCACUAUUCUUGACCCUUCCCCAGAAAGCAGUCGGAAGAGAGCUUUCUUGGACUGUAGGGAAAGAGUUGUUUCCAGUAAUAGAACAGACCAUCCCAGAGAAGAGAACAAAGAUGCCCAUCUUGAUGCUGACAGGUCAAGCACUUGGUCAACUGACAGUAACCAUGGCUCUACUGGUUCCCAGCAUGAUCUGGAUGAAGUAGAAGUUACCUCAAAGAAAGGGACUCCAUUCCUUUAUAGAGACCGAUUCAUCAGUAACACUCAAGGGGGAGCCUAUGAGGGCCCUGCUAAACUGCAACCUGUUGAACACAAGGAUCUAAGUAGGUUUGGCUCAGAGGAAUGUGGUGCGUUUUCUCCAAAUGACCAGUACAAUCGUCCCGUGAACCUACAAUACUGCAUACCCAUCAAGAAUACUGCAAAAUAUGGCUCUGCCUCCACUGUUACCGCCUCUGAAAAGAGAUAUUCAGCCAAACCAGAUGAUGUUAUACAACCUGAACCCCGGAGAUUUGCAGCAUCCUCUGUCGGCACUGCCAAUCAGAGAUUUGAAACUCUGCCCAGUGUGGAAGAUAUGAUGACAUCUGACCGAAGGAGCUCCCUCUCUGGUUAUGAGGAAAGAAGUGUUACCACCAUAGUCAGAGAGGCCAGAUGGGAUAAUCCUGGACAUCCUGGAGCCAAGGGAGGCAACCGCCCAGAAACAAAAAUUCACUAUAGUGACUAUAGAGUCAUUACUCCAGAUCCUGGCCUCCAGAUGCCUCUGAAGGGCAGUAACCAAGAUUCCAGCUCCAGAAGGAACAUCUCUACCUCAGGAGAAAGAACACCUAUGGGUGGUAUGGCUGCCAGCGCUCAAGACGGUGCCUCACUUUUGAACUGUGAACCAUCUUCUAAUGCUGCCAACAAAAGUAUUCUCUUGGUGAAGGAGUACACGAAUGUUCGAGAGCCACCAUAUGCUAGGCCUUCUUUACGCUUAAGCAAGAUGACUGGUGGUGUUACCUGUACUUAUUGCUGCAAAGAGAUCAGAUCUGAGCCCAAAAUUACUCUGGAGCAUUUGGGCAUCUGCUGCCAUGAAUAUUGCUUCAAGUGUGGGAUUUGUAAAAGGAAGAUGGGCAAUAUGCUGGACCAGGUGUACAUCCACAAUGGAAUUAUUCACUGUGACCAGUGCUAUUCAAGACUCUUCUAGCCUCAAUCAGCCUAAGAGUCAUCUUGAAGAUGGACCCAUCCAUCUUCUUAAGUCUCCAGUUCGACUGUUUCCCCUUAUUACAGUUAUUUCCUUUCAGUUAUUUCCUUCUUCAAAUUUAACUCAGUUAAAAAUGUGUUUUACAAAGAUAAUUAGCUCUAUCUAGCUUUUUAUUGGCUUUGGGGUUUUUUUAAUUAGUUUUUGUGUUUUUAUUUAGAUUUAGACUUUUGUGUUAACCCAUUUUUAAUGAGAUGUGGGUUUUUUGAUUUAUCCAGAUUUUCAUUAGUUUGGAAUUUUUGUGUUACCCAGUUUUUAAUAAGCUUUUGGUUUUUUAUUUAUCCAGCUUUUUAGUCAAUUUAGGUUUUUGUGUUAUCUACUUUUUCAUUAAAGUUUCUGAUUCAUCCAUUUUUUCAUUAAGUUUAGGUUUUUUGUGUUAUUUGAUUUUUUUUCAUUAGGUGAAAGUUCUUGAUAUAUCCAGUUUUUCAUUAAGUUUAAGUUUUUUAUUUAUCUAGUUUUUAUUUAGCUUUGGUUUUUCAUUUAUACAGCUUUUCAUUAGGCUUGGGUUUUUUGUGUUAUCCAGUUUUUCAUCAAAGCUUUUGAUUUAUAUGGAGGCAGGUAGGUGGCUCAGUGGAUUGAGAACCAGGCCUUAGAGACAGGAGGUCUUGGGUUUGAAUCUGGCCUCAGAUACUUCCUGGAUGUAUGACCCUGGGCAAGUCACUUAACCUCCAUUGCCUAGCCUUUACAUAGUAUUGAUUCUAAGAUGGAAGGCAAGGGUUUAAAAAAAGGCUUUGAUUUAUUCAAUUUUUCAUUAGAUUUAUGUUUUUAAGUUAUCUAGUUUUUACUAGGUUCCGUUUUUUUAUUUAUCCAGUUUUUCAUUAGGCUUAAGUUUUCAAUUUAUCUUGUUUUUAAUUAGCUUUAGUUUUUUAUUUAUCCAGCUUUUUCUUAGGUUUAGGUUUUUGUGUUAACCAGUUUUUCAUAAGUUUGGAUUUUUGUGUUAUCCAGAUUUUAACUAGCUUUAUUUACCUGGUUUUUUCUUAAGUUUAGAUUUUUUUUGUUAUACAGCUUUUUACUAGAUUUAGGUUUUUGAAUUGUUUAGUUUUUCAUUAGGUUUGAGGUUUUUUUUUUAUUUAUCCGGUUUUUCAUUAGCUUUAGGCAUUUGUGUUAUCCAGUUUUUUACUAGGUUUAAGUUUUUGAUUUAUCCAGUUUUUCAUUAGUUCUUUUUUAAUUUAUCCAGCUUUUCAUUAGAUUUAGUUUUUGAUUUAUCCAGUUUUUCAUUAGCUUUGGUUUUUGCUAGAGUAGAUAGCUUUUGGUGCAGAAACUUGAGGGUUUCUAGUAACUUUGUGAAAGGAGGAUAAGUGGGCAGGGUUGUACUUAGCUCAGGACAGGAAUUUAGAUUUUAAGGUCCCAGAUGUGGCAGCACACUUCCUUCUCCCCCACCCCCCCACCUUUUCCCCCACAAUAAAGAAAUAAAGCAGAGUAUCCAUUUGGAGGAUUUUUUAAAAACCUGGCAAUGGGUGAGGUAGUUGGGGAAAAGAGAUUAUUACUAUAAAGAAGACUUGCCGUUACCCUGGAAGGGAAUUUCUAAAGCAGCAGCCCAUGUACGCCAAGGUGUGGGGAGCAUUGGGGUUUAGGCCUCAGCAGUCUCUGUUCUCUUCAAACAGACUCAGUGUACAAAGUAUACAAAGCCAGGAUGGGGACUUUUCCAUUGCCAUUAACAGUUUGGGGGAUUGGCUAUAUCUGUUUCACUGUCACUUAGGAACCCCCUCAUUUAUUAUGCUUGUUGUUUAUUAUAUUUACUAUGUUUCUCUUGGAACUUUCCCCUUUUAUCUUAUCACAAUUUUAAUAAAUCUUCAGAUUUUGGAGUUA